UCUCCUCCUCGGAGCUCGGCGUGUCCACUCCCACAGAGGGCGAGCUUUCGCUUACAAAGAAUUUCAAAGAAAGAAGAGAAGGGAAGCUGUUAAUCUGACGUCCCUGAGGAUAUUUUUAAAUUAUUCUUUUGUUUGUUUGUUUUUGUUUUUUUUUUACAAGGAACAAGUACCCCAAGGCAUAGACAUUUUUGUUUUUUGUUUAUACCAAGUAAGUGCUGAUGAAAUGACGUGAUAAUCAAAUGACUUGAAUAAGCGGGAUCUGUUUAGGAUUCCUUGUUUAUUUUUCCGACCUUUGACACAUGCCCUACACCGAGGAAAGCUGCACAGCUAAUCUGCUCUAUGGGAACCUGCCUGUGACUCAUUCAGUACCCGUCCUGUCCCUCUGCCAGCCGGACUGCGGGGGCCGCUCCAUUCCCGGAAUCUUCAAAGUUACGCGUCGGGCGCGUGGUUAGAUGUCCCGGACUACGUUUGACAAGGAGAGGCACUACCUCCGAAUCCGUGGGACAUAAAACAUGCGAAAAAUAAGAAGGGGUGUCUCAGUCGACCCCCACAAACUCAAACAGGGAAGUCCUUCUACGUGUUCGGGUUUAAUUUUCUCCGCUGAGCGCACACUCAUCCAGUAUCCGCGAUCAUGACUGUGGAUGCUUACAAAGCUCUCUACAUUGGCAUGGAGGUGGUGAUCGCCUUGUCCUCGGUCAUCGGGAACGUAAUGGUGGUCUGGGCUGUGCGCAUUAACCGGUCUCUGAGAGACACCACGUUUUGUUUCAUCGUCUCCCUGGCCUUGGCUGACAUUGCGGUCGGAGCUCUUGUCAUCCCCCUCGCUAUAACCAUCAGCAUUGAUCUCAAGACACACUUCUACAGCUGUUUGCUGGUCGCCUGCACAGUGCUCGUGCUCACACAAAGUUCAAUCCUGGCGCUGCUGGCCAUCGCCAUCGACCGCUAUCUGAGAGUCAAAAUACCCAUGAGCUACAAGAGGGUGGUGACCCCACGGCGAGCAGGCACAGCAGUUUUAUUGUGUUGGCUGGUGUCCAUCAUAGUGGGCCUCACUCCGAUGCUUGGAUGGAAUAACCUGCAGCAACUUCGUAAAAAUGGCAGCUUGAAAAAUGACACCUUGGUGGUCUGUAAGUUUGAGACAGUCAUCAGUAUGGACUACAUGGUCUACUUCAAUUUCUUUGGCUGGGUGCUGCCCCCUUUGCUACUAAUGCUCGCCAUCUAUGUUGAGAUUUUCUACAUGAUCCACAAGCAGCUCAAUAAAAAGGUAACAGCAAGCCACACUGACCCGAGACGCUACUUUGGAAAGGAGCUUAAGCUGGCCAAGUCCCUCGCCCUAGUUCUGUUCCUCUUUGCAGUAAGCUGGCUCCCUCUGCACAUCCUGAACUGCAUCACUCUGUUCUGCCCGGGAUACCAUGAGGUUGGAUUCAUAUACAUCGCCAUCAUCCUCUCUCACGGAAACUCAGCUGUCAACCCCAUCGUUUAUGCUUUCCGCAUCAAGAAAUUCCGCACAGCUUUCCGGAAAAUCUGGAAACAGUACCUGCUCUGUCGGGAUCCAGUUGGUCGUCUUCCUCAAAGAGGAAGCCAGAGAGGUCAGAGUCACGACAGGAGGCUGAGGCAGAAUGAUGACGACGACGAUGACGUGUGACCUUUGGUAACUAAUUGGAUUGCCGUGUUACUGUCAAGUGUCAGAACACUUGUUCGCAAAGUGGAAAGGACACCGGCUUUAUUGUCAGGCUCGACAGGUUUACUGGUCGAAAUGGCUUUCAGAGGAUGUCCGAUGUCUGAAUGAUUUCCUCCAACCACAUGCACCAACAAGGAGAGAGGAUUAAAACUCAGCUCGGGGAUGAGAUCAACACUAUAAAUCAUACUGAUUUCUCCAUUGGCUGACAAAAUACCGAUUGUGUUACAUGGGACAAGCACUCCCUCGCUUUCAAAGCCAAGUUUUUGGACUAACUAAGUGUAUAUUUGGAGCACAUGUGGUACAAUAAUAGUGUCUGCUGUACUGUUUUCUUUUUUUUAACCUAAUUAAAACUCAUGGCCUUUUU